AUGGGCCGCGAAGACCAGAUAGAAGAGCGGGAGGUGCUCGAUUCUAUCUUCCCAGACGAGAUCACAGACAUAUCCGAGACCGAAUUUCGUAUCGCCAUCAAGCUCGACCUCCCGGAAGUUGCUAAAGAUGGCGACGAUGACGAAGAGGCUGAGGCGCCUGUUAUCCUGCUGACAGUACGGUAUCCAGAGGACUACCCGAAUGUAGAGCCUGAACUGGACCUAUUGGCGCCGGCUGGCGCCGUGCAGCACCCACUGCUCAAUGUCGCCGAGGAGAAGGAACAACUGCUGGCCGGCCUCGCGGACACUGUCCAGGAGAGCCUUGGUAUGGCGAUGGUAUUCACUCUGGUUUCGACGCUCAAGGAAGCGGCCGAGCAGCUGAUUAUCGGACGGCAAGAGGCCGAGGAGCGGAAACGCGAGGAGAAGGCAUUGGCAGCCGAGCGAGAAGAGAACCAGAAGUUUCACGGCACGAUGGUGACGCCAGAGUCGUUUAUACGAUGGCGGGAUGCGUUUGUCAAGGAGAUGGCAGAAAAGCGGAAGAGAGAAGAGGAGGAACGGCUGGCGGAGCUGGCAAAGCGGCGCGGCGGCGGUGCCGGCAGCAAGGACGGCACCCGGCUAACAGGUCGGCAGCUGUGGGAGCGCGGCCUGGUGGGCAAGAUCGACGAAGACGAUAUCGAUGUGGACGCUGAAGGCGAGGACAACAACGGCGGUGCUGCCGGAGCGACUGAGGGCGUGCAGAAACUCAAGAUCGAGGCAUAG